UCAGCUGACCGGUGCGUUUCCACCAUGGCCGCCCGGCAGCGGAGGUGGGGGUCGGCGGGCCGGCUCCUCGGCCUGCUGUGGCUGGCUUGUGUCACGACGCGGGCCGUCGAGCCGCCGCCGCCCAAGUGCGACGAGCUGAGGAUGGGGCAAUAUAUCUGCGAAGAUCCCAAAAUAGACAGUGGCACUCAGGAACCCAUGAACUGCACGAACCACACGGCUUACGUUCAGUGUCUUCCAGCACCAAAUAUUACUUGUAAGGAUCACAGUGGCAUAGAAAAAAUCUUUACUGGAAAGGAAGUUGGAUUUUACAAGCCUAUUGAAUGCCGUAAUGUAAAUGGAUACUCGUAUAAAGUGGCAGUUGCUUUGUCUUUAUUUCUUGGGUGGCUGGGAGCAGACAGAUUUUAUCUAGGCUAUCCUGCUUUAGGUUUGCUAAAGUUUUGCACUGUAGGUUUUUGUGGAAUUGGAAGCCUAAUUGAUUUCAUUCUUAUUUCCAUGCAGAUUGUUGGACCUUCUGAUGGCUCUAGUUAUAUUAUAGAUUACUAUGGAGCACGGCUUACCAGACUGAGUAUUACCAAUGGAACCUUCAGAAAAAUGCAGACAUAUCCCUAAGCCUGGCAAAUUCACUUCAAAUCCCCUAUGUUGACUGAGGAAAGAGUCCUGAAAACCUGUAAUGGGAGACCACUGUCUGCUAAGGAACUGACUGACUGUCCUAUAGCCCAAAGGGAAUGGGACUGCUAGACCCUGUGGACUGCCUGGGGAAACGAUACGUGUCUGCAGAAAAGGGGGAGCCCUUAUUAUAGGGCUACCAUUCCAUGACAUGUCAUCCACUGUGGCUGUAUUAAGAGGACAAUGAGUGCCACUUCUAAAUUAUUUUGUUAUGUGAUUAGAAGCAAUGAAUGUCAUGGUAACAAGCACUGUUGCUGGUAUCUGAUGCACUAUUGUGAAUUUAAAAUCAUGUUGGUAAUCUCAAAAUGUUAGGAGCUAAGUGGGAGUUGAGGAGAGAAGUGGCUUACUUGACAUUCACAGUCUUCCUCCUUAGCUCUUAAGCUAGAGUAGGAACAGAAUCAGAACAAAAAAAUGUUUGUUUAACAGCUGUACAAAGUUACGGCUUGGACUCCAUCUCCCCCUCUCUCCUCCCCCCCUCCCGCUUGCAUCAAGUACAUCCUGUACUUUUGGCAACAUGUUGACUGGAUAUUUAAAAGCUGUGAACUGUUCUGAAAGUUUCACAUACUGGGUUAUGGGCCAUGUGUGUUUGAUCAAAAUUCAAUUACUGCACUGUACCAUGCUUGGAAACCUAUCAUCCCAAGUUAUGAAGUAUGACGAAAUAGGCUAAUCUAAUUGGUUCAGUAUGGGAACAGUAUCAACCAAGCUUGUUAUGAUAAAUAGCUUCCUGUGUUAAAGGUUCUCUAGAGCUUAAGUAUCUUGGCUCACCUCCUUCUACAAAAUAAGAAUAUUGUUCCCUGGGAACAGUUACAUCACUGUCCCUCUUCUACAUUCAGAAUGAAAGGUUUGUAGAAUUUCUUCUCUCUUGCUACUUCUUGAAAAGCAGCAUGGACAUCUACCCUGUUUUCCAGUUCUGCUUUCUUCCCACCUCCAGAGUUAAAUCAUCUUGCACUAACCAUGUCUCUUGGAGUUCUUUUUCAGUCCUGUUUAAGAUGAGCUCGAGGAGAAUGCUAAACUUGUCUUCAGCUCUGUAUUUGGGGGCUUGUGUGUGCAUUAAGUUAAAUGGGGAAACAUUUUAGUUUUUCCAAGCAGCUAACUAAAUUACCUUGUUACACUGAAUUGCAUAUCUAUGGAUAUGUUGCUAUCUACUUGGCAUUUUUAUUGCAGCAUUCAUUUAAAGUAAGCCCAUUGUGCAAGUGCUGAAAUAAGAGUAGGGAUGGACUAGUGUUCUGAGUCUGGAUUUGCAGUUGCUAAACGAGCCACUCGGCCAAUGAGCUUUGUCCCAUAGGAUGAUACUGGCUCCAUGGUUUUAGCAGGCCCAUCUUUGGUGAUAACUGCUUGUCUGUGAUUAUGAUGUCACCAUAAUAGACAGCAGCCAGGGUCAGAAGAUUGAAAAAUGGAUCUUUGGCCACCUACAUGUUUUUGGGAUACAAGAGGAUGAUUUGUGUGAGGUAACAACAAUAUCAUAAUUCUCAAGUCCGCUUCAGAGCAAAAUGAUUCUGUAGUGGCCAUUUUAGCUUCGGCACAAUAUAGGCCAGCUCUUGAAAGCAGAUGUAGUAAAGUAACUUUAGUGGGAUUUUUCUCAGGAGUAAAGCUACUCACAUG